UCGCAGGCAGGCGAAAUGAGCGCGACUCCGCCCCGCCAUGGAAGCCCGCGCUGGUUCGUCCAGGCCGCCGUCCUGGCCGUCGUCCUCGCGGCCGUCGGCAAGGCGUCCGCCCGGUGCCCCAACACGCCGGCGGUGAGCUGCCCGAGGACGCCGUGGCGGUCGUUCGACGGCUCCUGCAACAAUCCGCAGGACUCCACCAGGGGCAUGGCCAACACGCCGCUCAUCAGGAUACUGCCCGCCACGUACGCGGACGGUCGGCACCAGCCUCGCCGCGGAUUCGGCAACGCGACGCUCCCCAGCGCCCGGCUGCUCGUCACCACCUUCCUCCCGGACCGCAACGCGCCCAGCCGCUCGUCCAACAUCAUGUUCAUGACGUGGGCGCAGCUGGUGUCGCACGACGCGGCCCGCCUGCAGGCGCCCUUCCCCAGGGCCAACAGCGCGUGCUGCGACGCGGAGGAGCCGACGGACCAGUGCAGCCGCAUCCCCGUCCCGGACGACGACCCCUUCUUCCCCAGGUUCGGCGUCAAGUGCUUCGGCGUGGGCCGCGCCGCCGCCGCCCCGUGCUCCGGCACGGCCUUCGAGCAGAACAGCCUCGUCUCGCACUACCUGGACGCGUCCUUCGUGUACGGCUCCAACGCGGCGACCGCCAACCGACUCCGCGAAGGCCGCGGCGGCCGCCUCCGCACGCAGGUCAUCAUGGGCCAGGAGUUCCUGCCGCGCAGCGCCGGUGGCGGCCUGGACGCGGGCGACGGCAGAGUCACCAUCACGCCGAUGCUGGCGCUGCUGCAGACGCUGUGGCUCCUGGAGCACAACCGCGUGGCGCGCCGCCUGUCCGACAUGAACGUCCUGUGGGACGACGAGCGCCUGUUCCAGGAGACGCGCCGCAUCGUCAUCGCGCAGUGGCAGCUCAUCACGUACCGCGACUUUCUGCCCAAGCUCAUCGGCGCGGCUGCGGUGGACAAGAACGGCCUGCGCCCGUCCGUGACGUCCUUCAGCCAGGACUACGACCCCAGUGUGGACGCCAGCACCGCCAACGACUUCACGACGGGGGCCUUCCGCUCCUUCCACUCCAUGGUCGCCAACGACGUCAGGUUUGGCGGCGGCGGCGGCGAGAUGCCGGGGAGGCCCAUGCUGCUGAGCGGCGUCCCCGCCGAGGCCAUCCUCAGCCCCACCAACUUCCGGCGCGCCGCCCUGGGCACCCUGUUCCAGCCUCGCCAGGGCCAGGACCGCUUCAUCGCCGCCGAGAUCACCACCAAGAUGUUCGCCGGCAACAGCCCGUUCGGCGGGGACCUGCUGGCCACGGACAUCCAGCGGGCGCGCGACAACGGCCUGGGCUCCUACAACGACUACAGAGAGCAAUGCAACCUGCCCCGAGCCAAGGAGUGGACCGACUUCACGGACACCAUUCCGUCGCAGCACAUCGAGGCGCUGAGCGAGCACUACGAGAAGCCCGACGACGUGGACGUGAUGGUGGGCGGGCUGCUGGAGCAGUGGACGGACUCGUCGAGCGAGCCCAGCUUCACCUCGCCCGUGUUCCGCUGCCUGGUGGUGGACCAGUUCAAGCGCUGGAAGACAGGCGACAGCUUCUUCUUCGACCGGCUCGGACAGUUCGCCCUCGCCCAGCUGCGCACGCUCAACGACACCUCGCUGGCGCGCAUCCUCUGCGACAAUGUGCCCGGCAUCGUCUCCGUGCCCAGGGACGCCUUCUCGCGGCCGGGCGCCGGCGGCACGCAGGAGGUGCGCUGCAGCACCAUCCGGGGCAUCAACCUGAACGCGUGGCGCGAGGCGAGGAGGGGCUAGCGCUUCCGUCUCCGGCUACACUAGGAAUUUUAAUAAAAUUAACUACAGUAAAUACGA